AGAUAAGUCUAUUCAUUUUACGUAUCGUCAAUCAUAUUUCAAGUGUCGGCCCCCAUCACCGACGCACAGAUCGGCUCAAGAGCCGAUUGUUUGUUGAUAGUAUCGUUCUCACUUUCAACUAACCCAGUUCAGUUUCGAUCCUCCACCUCGGGCGCGAGAGUGUAAAUAAAUAAAUAAAUAAAUGAUCGUGGAUAAGCUCAAAGCGGGGUUCCCGGAAUGUUCCCCGGAAGUUCCGUCACGGUUGUUCGUCCCCGCGAAGUUCGCGUGGAGUAUUGUCGCGCCGAAUCUGUGUUCUUAUCUGGUGCCCGUUUGUAUUUUGUUCUUCGGAAUCUCGGCAAAUGGCAGUGCCCUCUUAUUUCUCACUCUUCUGAAGGUUUCCUGGCGUCCAAGUCUGCCGUCACUUGAUACACACAUUGCACUUCCAGAGCUAAACAAUUUGACCGAAGGCCCAGGCGAAAUCUGGGAAAAGAUAGGCUUCAAGGAUCUUCUUUUCCACAUUAUUUUAAGCGAAACAGUUGCUUUUUCGUUUUAUCUCAUCUUCGGUGGCUUCCUACACUAUCACUAUUACGUAAAGCAGAGAGAGAAAGCCGAAGAAUGGAAAUGCCAGCCGAAAAAGUUCCUUCCAACGAAUUUAGAAAUAGAUGAGCUGAGAGUUGGAUGCAAAGCUCUAUUCUACUGCAAUAUAGUCUCUGGUCUCAUUUCAUGCUACAUCUACAAUGGAGGUUCUCUGUGCAGCAUCUACUAUGAUCUGGGUGACUACCCGUUUUGGUGGACGGUCCUUCAAUAUGCUGUCACCUUUCUCUAUCAGGACUACGUCACGUACUGGCUCCACCGCUUUUACCAUACGCCUUUCUUCUAUAAAAACUUCCACAAAAUACAUCACCGGUACAAACAGCCUACGGCCUUCUCGGUCACUGCGAUGCAUCCUGUAGAGCUGAUACACAUUCAACUGUUUCUUGCCGUGCCAGCUUUUUCAAUUCCUGUUCAUUAUUCAUGUUUCUUAUUCCUCACUGCAUACACGUACUACCACGGUGUGGUCCAGCACUCCGGUGUGGCGUUCAAAUCUCACUGGUGGCAGCCGUGGCAGCCUGACUGUAUGUUCCAUGACAACCAUCACCAGUACUUCCACGUCAACUUUGGAUUCAACUGCUGGUUUUGGGAUGUUCUCCAUGGAACAUUCCGGAAGAAGGAUAGAAUCUACACCGAAGAUAUCUACGGAGGGAAAGGGAAGCCCUUAGCCGCUGCAAAUUCAAGCGAGAUAGCCAAUGAGAUUGAAGAGAGACAGUGUGAAAACCCAUUGGCGUAUAGGAGCAACAAACCGGACUACAUACUAUUAGAUGAAGAUAUAAAAGACGUGUCUACUGAGGCAACAGUAUCAAAAAGGCACAGUACAAAGUUAGAGGUACAAAAUGACUGAUUAGACGUAUGUAUUUUAGGAAAACUCCGUGAUUAGACAAUAAAGUAUUUAUUUAUUAUGAAC